AUGAGGUUGUCAUCGGCCCACAACGGUGGUGCGGAUGUUGAAGGUGGUGGCGAGGGCAAGCAUCUGGCGUCAAUUGAAAAGUCUCUCGGUUGGUGUCCUCUUCCCAAGGUCAAGUUGAGUUCAUGGGAUCCAGACGAUGAGAAACAGUGGAAGGUAGAGGGGGGGGAGAAGAUCGCUACGCGCAAUCUUUUGAUAAGUAUGCCAAAUCUUUUUGCGUGCUUUGGCGUUUGGCUAUCUUGGUCAAUUAUCGUGGUGAAGAUGCAGCAAAUGCACGACAUUGAUCCCAAUGUGUAUUCCUUCCCAGACUGGGGCAAUCCCGAUGAAGAGUACCACAAGUUCCUGCUUUCUGCGAUUCCCACGGUGGCCGGAAUCUCUGGAGGGAUCAUGCGAAUUUGCAACGCCUUUCUCACGCACAUUAGCGGAGGACGAAACGUUGUCUACUCCAACUCGGUCUUGCUCAUGGUACCCAUGAUCAUGGCAGCUGCUGGGUUGGGAGAUCCCAAUGUGCCCUACUCCUACGUGCUUGCCAUGGCCAUCUUCAGUGGAAUUGGCGGUGGAGGCUUUGCUUCGUCCAUGAGUAACAUGUCCUUCUUGUACCCCAAAACACAGCAAGGAUACUCCUUGGGAUUCAAUGGAGGACUGGGAAAUCUGGGAGUGAGCAUGUCGCAGCUCUUGUUGCCGCAGACCAUGGCUUGGUCAGCUGGCAAGGCACCCUUGUCAAACCUUACAGAUGGAUGGCCCGAACACGCUGGAUGGUUCUGGUGGCCCAUCUGUCUUGUGUCCGCCAUUUGCAGCUUUAUGUGGAUGUCCAACAACCCAAAUCAUGGAAAUCAUUCAUACUAUUCUUCCGCCAACAAGCUUUUCUGCUCUUCUGAUACCUUCUGGAGCCACAUCUACUUUUACUGGACCACAUUUACGGGAUUGUUUGCAGCACUCUUGACCACUAGCCUGCUCAUCGGAUCACGAGAGAUUCACUUCUUCACAACUGCAGGAGGAGAAGUAAUGCUACGAUUCCUCCUUGUUGUGUUCGCCAUUGUCGUGGAGCACUUGAUCUGUUACUUUGGAAGCCCCCUUCCUUGCAAAAGAAAUAUCCGAGAUCAAGCGCGAAUCUUCAAAGACAAGCACACGUACCUUAUGACCAUCUUGUACAUAAUGUCCUUUGGAAGCUUUAUUGGAUUCUCUGGGGCAUUCCCUAAGCUGAUUCAAGAUCUAUUUGGAUACAUCAAAGUAGAUGGUUGUGUCAUCGAUGAUGUCUUUCAUGAACACGGAACACCCCAGCACUGCGUUGCUUCAGGUGGAAUUUGGGAGACUCGGGAAUUAAUCAAUCCAAACGCUCCCGACGUGUUUCGAUACUCCUGGCUUGGUGCUUGCUUCGGCUCUCUGAUUCGUCCCUUUGGAGGUAUCUUGGCCGAUCGAUAUGGAGGGGCCAAUGUUACCAUGUUGCUGAUCAUUUGGUGUGUGAUUGCAACUAUUUGCACUGCCAUCCUCGUUCAGAAAAUCUACGCAGAUCCUACUCCCGAGCCUCUAUUUGGUUGGUUUGUCUUCAUGUUUAUCAAUCUAUUCUUUACGGUGGGCGCUAUGAACGGCACAACUUUUGGAACUAUCGGAGUCAUGUUCGAAAAGGAUCUGGCAGGAACGGUGCUGGGAUGGUCCAGUGCUAUUGCAUCUUUUGGUGCUUUUUUCAUUCCCUCGAUGUUCCAAGUCGCCAUGAAGUACGAGGCAGCUGAAACGGUUCUAUAUGGACUGGCUGCAUUCUACUUCGUGUGUGGAUGCAUCAACUACUACUACUACUUCAGACGUGGCUGCGAACGUCCUGGCGUCUAA